AUGGUGCAGCCAACGCCGCCCUCGUCUACGUCGUCCCCCAACGGCGCAUCUCCCGAUGGGCAACCCUUCGCGGGACGGGUGAUUCGCAAACGCAACCGAGUGCCGCUGUCGUGCGGGCCUUGUCGACAUCGCAAGUUGAAAUGCAACCGAGGACAUCCGUGCGACAAUUGCUCCAAGAGAGGCGAUACAGGAAAUUGCAGCUAUGCGACUCCCGGGAACAGGAAGAAGGGCAGCGGCGGUAGGCCGAAUGCCUCUCCGGAUCACAUGCAAGAACGUAUAGAUCGUCUCGAAGGCUUGGUGUUGUCGCUCAUGACGAGCGGCUCGCAGCCCGCAACGACAUCUGCUGCGCAAGCUGUCAUAGGCGACAGCAGGAGUAGUAGCUUGAGUACUGGUUCGGAAUUGAAGUUGAGUAUGGGCGGCGGGCAAGACACGAUCCGUGAAGAGGGUGAAGGCGAAGAAGAGAGCGAGGUCGAGGGCAUUUCUCGUGGCAUUGGCAUCAUGAAGAUGGACAAUGGCAAGGCCAUAUUUGCCUCGGACGCGCAUUGGUAUGCCAUCCUGGGCGAAAUCAGUGAGGUCAAGAAGUACUUUGAGAGCCACAAGGAGGACUACAAGCACCAUUUGGAAAAAGUCCAGGCACUCAAAGCGGAUAAUCAUUCGAAUACGGCGUUCCUGCUGCAAGGACCUGCGGCCAAGGACAAAAGCGAGCUGCUCGCGGCGUAUCCUUCCAAAGCAGAUGCGGAUCGGUUGAUCGCGCGAUAUUUCAACGCGUACGACCCUUCUGUACAUAUCAUACAUGGACCGUCAUUCCAGAAGCAAUACGACAAACAUUGGCUGAAUCCGCUCGAGUCCAGCGUCAUCUGGCUCGGCAUGUGUUUCGCCAUGAUGACUCUGGCGCUACAAUCAUAUCACCGCGCAGGUGACGAGCCGCCAGAGUAUCGAGGCAGAACACUCCAGCUUUCCUACUCCUACAGGAAAUCUACCGCGCAGGCCUUGCUCCUCAGCGACUUGACGCAAGCGCACCCGCAGACCCUCGAGACGCUCGUGUUGCACAUGCAGGCCGAGUACAGCAGAUCCCGAGACGCUGAGCCUUCGGUAUUGCUGUUGACCGGACUGUGUGUGCGUCUGGCAAUGCGCAUGGGUUAUCACAGAGAUCCUGGACCGCAUCCCGCCAUCACACCAUUUCAAGGGGAGCUGCGAAGACGAGUGUGGACGUUUGUGCGACAGUUUGAUUGUCUCAUAUCCUUUCAAUUUGGUCUCCCUGCCAUGAUUCGAUCAGAUCAUAUGGACUCCGAACCGCCUCGAAACCUGUACGACGAUGAGCUGUUCGAAGACAUGAAGAGCUUGCCACCAUCGAGACCGGCGUUUGAGGCGACGCCAAUGUCUUAUAUGAUCACGAAGAGCAGAAUGACGUUUCUGUUUGGCCAGAUCGUGGAACACACGCAAUCCGUGACCAACCCACCCUCCUACGAAGAGACGCUCAAGUAUGACACGGAGUUGCGAGAGAUGCGGUGUCAACAUCCUCCAUUGUUAAAAAUGCGAACAUUUCAAGAGUCGGCGCGUGACCCUGCCAACCUCAUCAUGCAGCGAUUAGGCCUGGAAAUGGUGUACUUGCGCUCUCUAUUUGUGCUUCAUCGCCGGUUUAUCGCUCGAGGGCGAGAGAGUCCGCGGUAUGCCUACUCCCGACGGACGUGUUUGGACGCCGCAAUGGAGCUUCUAGACCAUCAAGCGACGCUGCACCGCGAGUCACAGCCUGGUGGACGAUUGCGGUCUGUGAAGUGGUACAUAUCAUCGCUGACUACACACGACUUUCUCCUCUCGGCAAUGCUCGUUUGUCUGGAUCUCUACCACACUGCAGAAUCAGAGCGGAAAGCACGAAGCACAAACCAACCCACGUCACCUCUCGUGGCCGAUGUGUAUGAUAAGGGUCGACGAGAGCAGAUGCUGCAAGCUGUGGAACACUGCAUCACCAUUUGGGAGGCCGUCCGUGAUCAGUCGAUGGAGGCGUAUAAAGGAUCGGUUGCGCUGCGUGUCAUGGUGGAGAAUCUCAAGGCGAACCAGUCGCAGAGGGCAGCUCCGGCGUAUCCUCCGUCGCAGCAAGCGCAGACGUAUGCCAAUCGCAGUGCAGCGAUCAACUACGGCGGCAUGUUUCCCAAUGGCAACAAUCAUGGAGCUGAUAUCGACACGGACGACUUGCCCCCGGAGCAGUCUGCCGCAAUGACCUUGGGUAUGUUGUCUUCUGGUGGCAUAUCACCAGGUUUCAGUAUGACUAUGCCCCAAGUUGCAGUAGUGUCUCCGCAGCAGCAGCAGCAGCAUCAGCAAUACCCUGCAAGCAUGGCUGCACUGUUAAACGACCCGACAAGCGAACGUACUGGUCUGACUCCACAAUACUCCGGACCCGAAAGCUCGAGCAUGGGCGGGGCGGCCAGCCCCAUGAGCCAAAUGAUAGCGCAGAGCAGCCAUUUCAUGGGCAUGGACGCGGGCGACAUUGAUUGGGGCGCAUGGGACUCGUACAUCCAAGGGACGAGUAGUGGCGGCAUGGAUACAAGCGCCAUGUGGCCCAUGAACCUCGAUCUUGCUUCGGAUGCUCAUGGGCAGGGUAGUAGUAGUACUACUACUCAGCAAUUCCAACAGCAACAGCAACAGCAACAGCAGCAGCAUUUGCAGCCUCAUAAUGGGCCCAAUGGAAGUUCGGUCUUUAUGGGGGCCACCACUCCGGGAGGCAGCACGAACAUGAUGUGA